AUGGUUAAAGAUACACCAGUUUCGUUACCUACUACUUCUGAACUUCGACACACACCAAUAGCCAUGACACAGGACCAGCUUGACAAUAUGGAACAUAAAAUACUAUAUCGACAGACCAGAUCACUAAGGCUUGGAGAUACACAACGAUUCAAAAUACAUUUCACUCCACAUGCAGAAGGUGAUGAAGUAGUAAUACCGCCUACAUUGUGGGUAAAAGUCAAGAACCUUGAACCAGUAUCGAAGAGAGCAAUAUAUUUAGCUGGGCCGUAUAUAUUGUAUGUUGAUUGCCGUCAACUGGAUUAUGAUCCCAACGUCAAAUAUUUUGUCACUGCGGAUCAACCGGUUUUUGAACCGCAAUUACUACCUGGUCAAUCCUUCUACGUGCAGUUAUCGUGUCAUACUUUAAAAAAGGACUACUCCUGGGUAGUGGAUGUUGUGUCGCAAAUAAUAUUUAAUACAAAGAUUAUGAUUGAUUUUGAGAUCAUGGUUGGAACGUCAAAAAAAGUGCUACAUGAGGCGUCUAGUCCCGACAUGAACAUUCCAAAUGCCGACAAAGUGGGUGCCUUUCAUUCCUUGUUAAAUGUUACAGAAUGGGAUACCAAGGAUUUGUGGAAUUUACCCGUGCUUCAACCAGGGAAACCAAAGCACUUGGUUAUAUUGACUCAUGGGCUUCAUUCAAAUUCAAGUGCUGAUAUGUUGUAUCUAAAAGAACAGAUUGAUAAAGUGGCCAAAAAUACUCAAGAAUCUUGUGGAGAGGAAACCGUUGUCAAAGCUUUCUUUGACAAUGCAGGAAAGACUGAACGGGGUAUCAAGUAUUUGGGAAGCAGGGUAGCCGAGUACAUUGUUGAGCUUGUCACCGAAAACGAGAUGCUAAAUAAUGGACAAGUCACCAAAAUAUCAUUUGUUGGCCAUUCAUUGGGCGGAUGCGUGCAAACAUUUGUUAUAGCCUACCUUCGACUGAACUUUCCUUGGUUUUUCGAAACAAUCAAACCUAUAAAUUUUAUUACUAUAGCUUCGCCAUUGUUGGGGGUUGCAAAUGAAAACCCACUUUAUGUCAAGGUUGCGUUGUCUGCUGGUGUUGUAGGGAAAACUGGUCAAGAAUUGGGUCUCAAAUACCUUGAAAACAACUCCAAGCCAUUAUUGUUGCUAUUACCGUCGGGAUUGGCACAUAAGACAUUGAAACAGUUCAGGAGAAGGACGGUUUAUGCCAACGCAUUAAGUGAUGGAAUAGUGCCAUUGAGAACUUCUUCGUUAUUGUACCUUGAUUACAAAGGGCUAGUUCCUUUGAUAAACUCAAAUAAUAUAUCCUUGAGUGACGCGAGAAAGGCUGCAAGCAGUAGCGAAUCAUCUGCGAAAAAUAUCGAUAAAGCUUCAGGAAAGGCGCCCAAAUCUGUGCUGGACAGUAAUCCGUUUCUGCCUGUGCAAACACUAAUGUCAUACUUUAUGCCCCAGAAGCAGAAAGGUCACGGCGAACAGUAUAGAAACUUUCAAACUAUGGGUGCAGAAGGAGAAGUCGAAGACGAAGACGAAGGAGGGGACGAGAAACGUGAGGCACAUGGCAUUCCGAACCUGACAUUUUUGGAUAGCGCUGCUGCCUUGUUCCUCCCUCCGCUACCCUCUAUGAAAUACAUAACAGAUCCCACCAGUAGAGAAAACGUCAUCAUCCACGAUAAAGUCUACUACGAGAAAGAUUUGCCAAAGACAUUAAAGAAUGGUGAACAUCCCAGCCCAAGUGGAAAUGGUUCUGUUAAUGGUGGUAGCUCGUCAAUGACAAAGCGAUUCCUAAACAAGCUAGAUUACAAUUAUGAGGAGCUCGAAGAGCAAAUUGCACGUGAGUACCAUAAGAACAUGAGUUGGCGCAAAGUGGUUGUCAAGCUAAAACCAGAUGCCCAUAAUAACAUCAUUGCACGAAGGAGAUUCGCCAACGCGUAUGGUUGGCCAGUUAUUAAGCAUCUCGUGGAGAGUCAUUUCGCUCCAGAAAAGGUUUACAAUAAAGCAGUGGUAUCGGCGAUGGAGCAUUCGUCCACCAGUGAAUUUGCAAGCCAUGACUCAUUAGACGAUGAACAAGAUUUGACGAAUUUGGUUAAUAGAGAUUUAUUGACACAACAAAAUCAUGAGAUUGACGAAACUACAAUGGCCGAGGAAGAAGGGAAUACUGUAAAUGCUGCGUGGAUUAAUUCUAAAGACAAUGGUGAAAGUGUUUUUGCUUUGGGCGUUGCUGGGUUGUUGGGUGAAGUUACGCAUUUAGUUGGUGAUUUCAGCGAUUCCAUAUUUAAUGGGAAGCGUCCUUCGAUUCCAUUUAUUGGACAAAUUCCAUUACCUACAGCAUUAGUUUCCCCAUCCAAUGAGAUACCAGUAACCAGUGGUGGCACAACUUCUGAUAAAGUCGUCAAAGGUAAUGCUAAUGACAACAUUGACGAGUCUGGCGAUUUAAGUCUUUCAAAGCCGGGAGUUAUGAAUGACUUUUUAUAA